UGCAGGAUCGUAUCCUCAAUUACUGAAGCGCCCCGCUGUCGGGAGGCCUGUGCUGAGGCUCUUUACACAGAAAAUGCCCGUGGAGAAUGCAUCAGUGAGAAGCAGGUUGGCUGUGGGCCGCUUCCCAACCGUAACCCUGGGCUGGUGGGAGGAGACGGAGCCCGAGAAAGAGGACUUUGUUGAAAAGCAAGAGGAUAAGGAUGAGGAGGAGGAGGAGGAGGAAGGUGCCUGCCGUCGCUGGUUCUGCAAGGUGUGCUGCUCCUGCUGUCGACGGAAGACCAGCAAAGAUCCACAUGAAGGCACGGACACGGUUGAAACUGAAGUCCCGGAGAAGACAAACCUCCCUCAUAUGGAUGUUGAGGAAGAGCUGGAGGAGUUGAUGCUGACUGUUCAUUCAGUGGACUUGCUAAAGAGCAAGAAGGGACAGAACCGACGCGAGCAUCAUACAGACUGUUACCACAGUGACAACUUCAUCAUCCGACGUGGGCAGAGCUUCCAGAUGUGGAUUGAGCUCUCCAGGCCUUUUGACAAAAACACCGACAAACUUCACCUGGAGCUCAAAUUGGGACCCCUCCCAGUGGUAUCAAAAGGCACACGUGUCAUAAUUUUGUUGGUUGAAGAGCUAGAGGGCAAGUGCUGGGAAGCCAAAAUCAUUGACCACAAAGACAAAAGGAUUAAGCUGUCCAUCAACUCCCCUCCCAUGGCUCUGAUUGGCCAGUACAAACUUGCUGUGGUAACUCAAAGUCCAAAAGGUGUGGCCACAUCAAUCCAUGACCCCAACAAUGACAUCUUCAUGCUGUUCAACCCUUGGUGUGAAGAUGACUUGGUGUACAUGGACGAUGAGGCGGAAAAGAAGGAGUACGUCUUGAAUGAUGUUGGCAGGCUGUAUUAUGGUACAGAGAAACAGAUCGGUGCCCGAACAUGGAAUUUUGGCCAGUUUGCAGACGGAGUCCUCGAAGCCUGUCUCUAUGUCUUGGAUAAGACUAAUUUCCCAUUUUCGGGUCGUGGAAAUCCUAUCAAUGUGGUUCGGGUCGUAUCUGCCAUUGUCAAUUCCCUUGAUGACAAGGGAGUUCUGGAGGGGAACUGGUCUGGGGAUUACUUUGGUGGGACUGCUCCUACAGCCUGGAGCGGCAGCGUUGACAUCCUGAAGAAGUACCACUCAGAGAAUGGUACACCUGUCAAAUAUGGCCAGUGCUGGGUCUUCUCUGGGGUCACCACCACGGUGCUGAGGUGUCUGGGCAUCCCCACCAGAAGUGUCACCAACUUCAACUCUGCACACGACACCGACGUCUCCUUGACAACGGAUGUGUAUUUUGAUGAGAACAUGCAGCCCAUUGAUGAACUCAAUACCGACUCUAUCUGGAACUUCCAUGUGUGGAACGAUUGCUGGAUGGCGCGCCCUGACCUGCCUAUGGGGAUGGGGGGCUGGCAGGCUGUUGACUCCACUCCCCAGGAGACCAGCCAGGGCAUGUUCUGCUGUGGCCCCGCCCCCAUCAAUGCUAUCCGCUCGGGGCAGGUGUUCCACAAGUAUGACACACCCUUCCUCUUUGCUGAGGUGAACAGUGACAAAAUUUACUGGCAGAGGAACCCAGACGGCACAUUCAGCCAGAUCCACAGUGAGAAGAAUACGGUGGGGCACUGCAUCAUCACCAAGGCUGUUGGCUCUCAUGACUCCAAUGACAUCACACUGCUCUACAAACAUGAAGAGGGCUCAGAGGAGGAACGCAUUGCAGUGGAGAUCGCCUGUCGCUAUGGCAGCAAGCCAGAGGUAUACGCCACCCCAACUGCUGAAGAUGUGUCCUUGGAGGUUAUCAUGGAUGGGGAGGGGCCAUGCAUGGGAGGAGAUGCUGAGCUGUCCAUCACACUCCAAAACAAGAGUGCUGAACCACGCACCGCCACUCUACACAGUCAAGUGACAGUCAUGUACUAUACAGGUGUGCUCAAGGCCACCAUCAAGAAGGACAGCAUCCCUGUCAAACUUAGCUCUGCUGAAGUGAAGACCCUGGACUGGGUGCUGCAGUACCAGGACUACAAAGACCAACUGGUGGACCAGGCUGCAUUGAUGCUGACAUUAUCUGGUCGAGUCAGUGAGACCCAACAAGUUUUGGCAACGCAAUACAGCUUCCGCCUCCGAACCCCCGAUCUCCAUAUUACACCUGUAGGGGAUGCUGUGGUUGGGAAAGAGAUGGAGGCUAAGAUCUCCUUCACAAACCCACUGCCGCGCAUCCUGAAGAACGUCACGGUCCGUGUGGAGGGCCUGGGGCUCCAGAGCGUUCGACAGAUCCCCGUGGGGGACGUGGGCAGCCACGCCACGGUGACGCUGACGGAGUGCUUCACUCCCAUGCUGCCCGGGCCCAGGAAGCUGUUGGCUUCCCUCGACUGCCGCCAGCUCACCCAGGUCCAUGGGGUGGCCGACAUCAUCGUGCGGGAGAACUGAACGCUGUGAUCGAAUGGCUGGGCCAGGUUCUGGCCCCGCCCGCAACAUGGCUCUGUCACAACAUGCCCCCCCACCCCAA